CACGACCUACACAGCGCAACUGUUAGUAUUCAAGUCCAAAGCGGAGUGCACGCGCAUUUAUCGGAAAAUAAACGUUCGAAAAUCGAACGACAAUUUGAUUUGCUGAUUUUAUUUUAUUAAUCGGACUGUUUUGGACAAUUGCGUAUCUGUAUGGUUAAAAGUGACUCUUUGUUUUCGUGACAAUUCAAUUAUAACAAUGUGUGAACUAUUAUCCCAGUGAAGACAUUGAUACUUAUCUGUUUUAUUUUUGUUUGUAUUCUAAUACUUGUAAAUAAUACAAAAUGGCGGCAGAUUUCUCUUUUGCCAACUCGUCUGUGGAUAUUGGUCUGUCAGACGUGCUGGGCGAACAGCUGAAGGCUGUUGCGAGAAUGUUCUACAUUCAUUCACCACAAGAAACCAUGUAUGAAAGGAAGGAAGAUGUCCCCAACUUCUUUAGACAAUCGUAUCCAUACUUCCUCAUCUUCAUGAUAUUGGAGCACAUAGUCCUAAGGUUGGAAGGCAAGAAGGGCAUCAGACUGAACGACGGUAUUACUAGCAUAUCACAUGGACUUCUGCAGGAGUGUGGAAGGUUAAUAUGGCGAGGUGCAGAAUCCUACCUAUACACAUGGGUUUACGUAAACUAUAGAUUAGUAGAACUUCCCUGGGACCACACGCUCACGUGGUACGCAGCGGCGCUAGGAGUCGACUUCUGUUAUUACUGGAUGCACAGAGCUUGUCAUGAGGUCCACAUUCUCUGGGCACAGCAUCAAGUGCACCACACGUCAGAAGACUUCAACAUGGGAGUCGGGAUCAGACAGUCUGUUCUGCAAGGCUGGUGUGGUUUUAUCUUCUACCUGCCUCUCGCGCUGGCCAUCCCCCCGGCCCAGUUCGUGAUGCACCACCAGUUCAGCUACCUGUACAUGUUCUGGAUCCACACUGAGGCGAUCAAGAGUCUGGGUCCUCUGGAGUACAUACUGAACACGCCCAGUCAUCACAGAGUGCACCAUGGCAGCAACAAAUACUGCUUAGACGUAAACUACGGUGGUGUGCUCAUCAUCUGGGACAGACUGUUUGGCACCUUCAGACCGGAGACUGAUAAGGUGGAGAUCGUUUACGGCCUCAUAUACAACCAACCGUCGUUCAACCCACUGUACCUACAGGCAUUCUACACGGGAUAUGUAGUAGAAAAGUUUAGGAGCUUCGAGUCGGCUGGUGACAAAUUCAGGGCCAUAUUUUGGGGUCCAAGCUGGGAACCAGGGACCCCGCGGUUGGGCGACGAAGCGCUCAAAGUAGAUGUGCAACAACGUGAGAAGUACGACGUCCAUCUACCUGCUUUGUGCAAUCUGUAUUUAGUGUUGCAUUACUCUGUAGUGUUGUAUGGUUUCUUCGAGCUAGCGGCUAGAUAUAUGGGUAUGACUCCAAUCUCGGUGCUUCUGUUCGUGUUCUACACAAUAGCAUCGCUUACAAUAAUAGGCAUGCUUUUUGACAACUCGAAAUACGCUGCCUUACUCGAAGUGAUCCGUUGCUCGGCGUUAGCGUUCGUGGCUAGGAGCGUGUCAGCCACUAACCCAGCCUGGGGUACUGGGUUACAGGUCUUCUAUGUGGUGUCUGCUAUGUUCUGGGGCUUAAACAUGGUGAAGUUGUUUGAAAUUAAGAGGGCGAAGAUUGAAUAAUUAAAUAAAACUUGUUAUGUUAUUUAGUAUCUGCCAUCAAGAGGGAUCUUGACAACUCCGUACAAUUAUAUGAUAGAUUUUUGACUAUGUAAUUUAACUUUAAAUUGCCUUAACUUUAUAUUAUGAUAAAUCGAUCUAUUCGAUAUGUAACAUCAUAAUAAUUAUUUGUUACACAAAUUAAAAAACCGUCGACUUUCAAUAUUCAUUUCACUACAACUUUUGAACGUCUGAUUUUUAUGAAACAUGGCUAAGAACACUCGGGAUAAAAUUAUCUAUGACACAAAAAAGCUAAACAAAAAUCGGUUCAUCCGCUUGGGAGCUAUGAUCCACAGACAGAUACACAGACAGAUACUUUAAACUUAUAACACCCCUCUUUUUGCGUCAGGGGUUGAAAAUAAUAAAUAAUAAUAAGAAAUAGAAAAACAAUUGUCAAUAUAAUUAUGUUUAUAAUUCGUGUAGUUGUUAUAAGAUUAUGGCCAGUAAAAACGAAAGGGUCAGGUAAUACUUGAACGUAAGUUUAAAUUAUAUCGACUGAAUAUGCAAUAAUUUAGAUAAAUCGAUACCUAAUAUAAUUGAUUUAAGACUUAAUUGUGUGUGAUUAACUAAAAUAAGCUGAUUCUGCAAAAGUAAAA